GAUGUAGUCAGAUGUGUAUGGAGAGAGAGAGAGAAUCGAUAUUUGAUUUAUAAAAAGACCGAUCGCGACGAAUCGCUCUGUGGCGCGUUUAUCUCUCUCGACGUGAAUUUUGACUUUUUUCAACAUAGUAAUAUCUGGUCGACAAAAAGGAGAGAAAAGAAAUGGCAUUUUACGAUAAUCAACACUGGCUCCUGUCGCACAUCAGGGAUAGCUUUCUCGCUAUGGAUGACACAGGUAUGUGCGAAAUAGUAAUGCUCGGAGAAGAUAUUCCCAAGCAGUUGAAGGAAAAUGGAACGUUGCAAUGUUAUCCUGGUAUGGAGGAUAGCGAUGAUGAGGAUCUGGAUGCCCUAGCAGAAUCAUACGACAUACAAAUGGACAUGGAAUUUAGUCACAGACAGAGAUCCAAUACUGCACAGAGACUGGAAAAAAUGGAUAUAGAAAGGAAAAAAGCUGCAAAAGUUAAACAUGUCAAGUGGGAGCAUAAUCUUAAUGCUAUCACACCUGUAGACCAGUCAGAAUUGUUCCAAAGAAAAGACUUUCGUAGACAAGCAUUCCUGAGAAAGGGCCAGUCUCUCUUGUCAGAACAACUUGAAAAAUGUCCAAAUUUACCACAGAAUCCAUUCAAAGAUUAUGUCAAGUUUGACGGCAACGCACAAAUAGGCAUUCCUGUAAGAAAAUAUAGAAUAUUCAUGUGCAUGCUGCCAAAGGAAGAAAGGACGUAUCCACUUCAGGUGGUAGUGACAGCAACGGCGCGGGUGUUGGACUUUAUCGGGCUGAUUUGCUACAAAUAUGCAAGUGAACAUCCCGAUCAUAAUUUGAAGGAGGACAUUUCGCGUUAUGGACUAUACAUCACCGAGGACGAUGGCGAGGUUGACUGGGCCUUUCCCUGUUUGGACCCCCGAGAAACUAUCUCCAAGUUCGAAUUCACUACACUGGGUCUGAUCGAGAUGAAGCCGAGCGAUAGGGCGCGGCACAACACAUUUAGUUGCAUCGAGAAGAAAGACGAGGAGGACCUAGAACGUAAAGACAAGGAGCAGGAGGAGGUCGCGAAUGAUCUGGCUAAGAUGGAAGGUCACACUACUGCAAUGGAAGCACCAUUAUAUCAGUCAUACAGGGUAUACAUAAUUAAUAAGAUGCGAGCAAAGACUGAGAUUCAUCUUGGGAUAUCGGGUGAGAAGAUAGAAAUAGAUCCAGUUAUAACGGGUAAAGGUGCUGCCAGAUUUUGGAAUAGACAGCGGGCGGUCAGUUAUCAUAUUGACAACAUUGCUUGGUGUGAAGUGACCGAAACUAAGGGAUCAAAAACUAUGUUUACACUAGUUUAUACUCCGCAAUCUAGCGCUCCAGAUAACUUUCUAAGUCAAAGUCAUUCUCUUCAUCAAUCGGCAUCGUUUAAGAAUCACGAUUUUGAAGCGGAUUCAGUAACAGCUGAAGAAAUUGUACGAAAAAUUAAUCACAUUCUAGAAUUGCAUAGCAGCCAAUCUAGAAAGGAAUAUCUUGCACAAAAGGAAAGAAAAGCAGCAAGGAGGAAGAGUUUUCAUUUAUAUAGAUGACAGCUCUACUGGUUACUCUAUGUAAUCUUAGAUUAUCUGAAGCAUUGAAUAUUAAUACAACACGACAUGAUCGUACGAGUCGCCCUAAAACCAGAAAUACGAUCGAAUCAAGUAUCCAGAAUUUUGUUGACGUACCAGAAAAAUGGCAGAAAGUAGACGGUCAC